AUGGCUCGGGAACUAGUGCCAAAAGGAUCUGUGGGGUUGGGAAUUAAAAAGAAACGUCCCGUUAAGGAGCGAGGCGAAAGAGAUGAUCAGGGAACAACGAGGUGGAACCGUGGUUUGAGAUCACAAUAUUCUUUCGGGAUAUGCAAUCCCAUCAUCCAGCCUCUUGGAACCCACAUCUCGGGGAUGGAAUGUUCAAAAUUCGAUCACGUUGUCAUGCAGUGGCUUCAGGCUGAAGAUCCAGCCAUGGUUUGCAGCUUGCAGUGGCCGAGUUGA